UGGUUGUGUGUAUGUGUCUAAGUGCAGGCAGUUUAAAGUCUACCGAAUGUGCUUAGAGUUCCUAAUAGAGCAGGGUCUGUUUGUACACAGGGAGAAAGAGAGAGAGACCCUGUGUGCAGGGUGUACAUUUGCACAAUGGCACUGGACCCUGGGCUUCUGCCAUUCAUUCUGUGGACUAUUUCCUUCCAAGCAUCCUGCACCAGAAGCACCAACAAUGAAGUGAAUCUCCUUGACACAUCUUCAGUCUCAGGAGACUGGGGUUGGCUGACAUAUCCUUCACAUGGGUGGGAUGCCAUCAAUGAAAUGGACGAAUACUUCAGCCCCAUCCAUACGUACCAGGUCUGCAAUGUCAUGAGCCCCAACCAGAACAACUGGCUGCGGACCAAUUGGAUCCAGCGCGAUGGCGCCCACCGCAUCUACAUCGAGAUCAAGUUCACCCUGCGUGACUGCAACAGCAUGCCCGGGGUGCUGGGCACCUGCAAAGAGACCUUCAACCUCUACUACUAUGAGACAGACCGGGAUGUGGGCACCAACAUCUGGGAGAGCCAGUUUGUCAAGAUUGACACCAUUGCAGCAGACGAGAGCUUCACCGGAGUGGACCUGGGGGUGAGACGGCUGAAGCUCAAUACUGAGGUCCGUGGGGUGGGACCUCUGAUCAAGAGGGGCUUCUACCUUGCAUUCCAGGACAUCGGGGCCUGCAUUGCCAUCGUGUCAGUCAGGGUCUACUAUAAAAAGUGCCAGGCCAUGGCACGCAACCUGGCCAUUUUCACCGAAGUGGUGACGGGCGCAGACUCCUCUUCGCUGGUUGAGGUGCGGGGGCAGUGUGUGGAGCAUGCAGAGGAGCGGGACACUCCUAAAAUGUACUGCAGUGCUGAGGGCGAGUGGCUGGUACCCAUUGGGCGGUGUGUUUGCAGCGCGGGAUUCGAGGAGUAUCGGGACUCCUGUAUAGCCUGUGAAGUGGGGUUUUACAAACCCGCAGCUGGGGACCAAAUCUGCGGAAAGUGCCCCCUUCACAGCCACUCUGAAAUGAGGGCGGCCCUCUUUUGCCCCUGCGACACCAGCUAUUACCGUGCUCCUUCAGAUUCGCCGGCUGCCCCUUGCACAAGGCCUCCCUCUACUCCAGUCAAUGUGAUUUCAUCUGUCAACGGGACCUCUGUUAGCCUGGAGUGGGGCCGGCCACUGGACACGGGCGGGCGAAGCGACAUCCGAUACAAUGUGGGGUGCUGGAAGUGUGCUGGGGACUGGGGGCAGUGCGAGGACUGCAGCACAGGGGCAGGAGGGGGAGGUGGAGGAGGGGUCAUCCCCCCUAUUCGCUUUGUGCCCCAGCAGGCGGGUCUAAAUGAGCCCUGGGUGACAGUGCUGAACCUGGGCGCUCACAUGAACUACACUUUCUACAUCGAGGCCUACAAUGGCGUCUCCCAUCUCAGCCUGGAUCCAAAGCAGCGUGCCUCUGUCAACGUCACCACAAACCAGGCAGCUCCCUCUCAGGUCAUCGCAAUCCGGCAGGAAAACGCCAGCCAGAACAGUGUCACCCUGCUGUGGCAUGAGCCAGACCAGCCCAAUGGCGUCAUUCUGGAGUACGAGAUCAAAUACUAUGAGAAGGAUAUGGAGCAGCAGAGUUACUCCACACUGAAGUCCAAAGGCACAAGCGCAAAGGUGUCCGGAUUGAAACCGGGAACAAAGUACGUGUUCCAGGUCCGAGCAAGGACCUCCGCUGGCUGUGGGCGUUUCAGCCAGACUGUGGAGAUCCAGACAGGUAAAGCAGUUCCUCUUCGAUAUGACACAAUGACCAUAAUCUGGAUCUGCAUUGCACUCGUCACAGGAUUGGUGAUGUUCCUAGCCAUUCUGAUCUGCAAGAAAAGGCACUGUGGCUAUAGUAAAGCAUUCCAGGAGCCCGAUGAGGAAAAGAUGCAUUACCAGAAUGGGCACAUUACCUUCCCAGAACCCAGGUUCUAUAUUGAUCCCCACACUUAUGAAGACCCGUGUCAAGCUGUCCACGAGUUUGCUAGGGAAAUCGAAGCAUCUAGAAUAAAAAUCGAAAAAAUAAUUGGCUCAGGGGAGUUUGGAGAGGUUUGCUAUGGCCGCAUGAAACUUCCAGGGAAGAGGGAGAUUCCAGUAGCUCUCAAGACACUGAAGUCAGGAUACACGGAGAAGCAGCGCCGUGAUUUUCUAAGCGAGGCCAGCAUCAUGGCGCAGUUCGAUCACCCCAAUAUCAUCCGCUUAGAAGGAGUAGUUACCAGAAGCAAACCAGUCAUGAUCAUAACGGAGUACAUGGAGAACGGCUCUCUGGAUUCAUUCCUCAGGAGACACGAUGGUCAGUUCACCAUUAUCCAGCUCGUUGGCAUCCUGCGUGGCAUCGCGGCUGGCAUGAAGUACCUUUCUGACCUGGGCUACAUUCACAGAGACUUGGCUGCCCGUAACAUCCUGGUCAACAGCAACCUGGUCUGUAAGGUCUCUGACUUUGGCCUGUCAAGGGUCUUGGAGGAUGACCCUGAGGCUGCCUACACCACCAGUGGGGGCAAGAUCCCAAUUCGCUGGACUGCCCCAGAGGCCAUAGCCUACCGGAAAUUCUCCUCUGCCAGUGACGUCUGGAGCUAUGGAGUAGUCAUGUGGGAGAUCAUGUCCUAUGGCGAGAGGCCGUACUGGAACCUGACCAACAGAGAUGUGAUAAAGUCAGUGGAAGAAGGCUACCGGCUGCCUGCCCCAAUGGGUUGCCCUGGGGCUCUGCACACACUCAUGCUGGACUGCUGGCAGAAAGACCGCAAUGAAAGACCCAAGUUCUGCCAAAUUGUUGGCGUUCUGGACAAGCUGAUUCGAAAUCCAGAAAACCUCAAAUCACUAGACACUUUGUGCAGGUUAAGCAGCCCUUUGAUGAACAGAAGCAUCCCUGAUUUCAGCAGCUGCAGGACAGUGGAUGAGUGGUUAGACACCAUUAAAAUGGGCCGCUACAAAGACCACUUUGCCGCUGGUGGAUAUAUGACAAUGGGUCACAUCAUGGGAAUGAAUCUUCAAGAUAUACAGAAGCUUGGAGUAACCUUGAUGGGUCAUCAAAAGAAGAUUAUGACCAGUGUUCAACUAAUGAGAGCUCAAGUGCUGAACAGGAGUGUGCCCUCAGUGCACGUAUAAUCGUAGGCUCGGCUCCCGAGGUCAGCCACAACUCGAAACUUCCAUUUGUAUUUGUGAAACUAACUGAACAACAUGAACUUCUGAAAUUAAAUAAGUAUUCUUAGUUACAAGAGGACAGAAUUCAAUGAUAAAUGGCUAGAGUUUCCUUUACAACAGACAAUGGAGACUCCUGGCUUCUUUUGCGUCAUUGUUAUUUUUUACAAUAAAUCAAACUUAUCAUCCUGUUUAUAUCCGUGGAACACUGCCUUAACUAUCUCCUGGAAACUGGUUCUUUUUUUGUAUAUGAAGAAGAUAUGUGGAACAGAACAUGAAGUGUAUUCAGUAGUGAACAUAAAACAAGGUGAGUGAGCUAACAGAAUCAGAAGAACCUGCCACACCUAAUGGCUCCUGGAGAACUUUUCACCAACAAAGCCUCCAUGCAGGAACAUUAAAUACUACCUGAAUCCUCAAUUCAGAAAGGACAGCUGUUGUAUAAUAAGAGAAACUAAUUUCAAUGUGUUGUCAAAGACCAGAGGGACAAAACCCACAUGUGCAGAUUGCAUUAUUAUGUCUUGUAAAAGGGUGACGGAUAUGAUUGUACUAGCAAUGCAGGCAACAAGAGGGAGGGAAGAACUGUGCUGCUCUCAGUGGACUAAGAGACCAAGACUUGUUGCUGCAUUCCUUGACCUUUAUUUGGAAGCUACUUAGCGCACAAGAACGUUUAAAAACCUUUGACUUGCUGUGAUGUGUUUUGCCUCUGUAGAGCUAAGAAGGGAAACAAUGUUGUGAAGUAUUUUGUUUUCUUAGAAAAAAAAAUCUUAAAGACUAGAUGUUCUAAAGUCCCUUGCUUCCAUGUGCAAAUGAAAAUGAAUGUGUUUGCCGAUACACUUGGUUUUUACAUUUUGAGCCCACCAUGUGAAAAAAAAACAUGGGGUGAUUAAUGUUUCUUUCCUUUUGUUUCUCCCUUUUAUUGCCUGACAAAAAUAUAUAUAUACUUGCAGGCAAAUUGAAAAGAUGAGAGCGUAGGAGUAUGAUUUUUUUAAUUAAAGGGUAAAACCAGUAGUUUAUAGAAAAAUCUAGAUGUGUAUUUGACAAGAUUACUUAAUAAUAGUUUCAGAACCUUACUGUAUAAACAAAAUGAAAACAGCAAUACCUUGACCAACAGUGCACUGUAUAGUGCUUACAAAGAUUUAACACUGCCACAACAGCAAUCAGAUUGCAGAUUUUAAGUAAAUCAAAAUCAGUUUAACAUAGAAGUCAAUUUUUUCAUGUCUAACUGACUUUUUGAUUCUUUUAAAGUAAAACAGUGAAUUGAAUUUUGUAUGGGACACUUGCAGUCUUUGGAAAUUAUUAAUUGGUUCAAAGGUCUUGCCAGAAUGUUCUUAGAAAUCAAGGAGUUAUUUUGUUUGAAAAAAAUAUAUUAAACAGAGGAAAUAAAAUUGCUUCUAUAAAUAUUUUUUGCAAGUGACUUGUGAAUUGUACCUUAACUGUUUAUGUACUAUCAUAUUUAUUUUCUUAUAGGACAAAGAGUUGUUUUUUUCAUCUUAUAAUUUUUCAAACCACCUUUAAAUGAUAAUGACAUAAAAUUAAGACUCUCAAAGCAUUGAAUUGAUUCAAGAGCAAGUAGGGAAUAACAUACUUCACUCUCUGGUCCUACAAAUAGUAAUGUGCCUAUAAUUUAUCUUUCCAUACUUGUCAUCCAGACAAGUUGGCAGUUUUGUACAGUAUAGUAUAUGAUGACCACACUCACAUUCAAAGUGUCAGCUUGCAUUUGUGCAGGAGUGCGUCCUUGAGAAUACCUGACACCCCUAGCAGCAGCUACAGACGCAGCGCCACAGUGUCAGCAACUGCAGGUGCUUCCAUUUCAUCCAAGAGCCUUUGAAUGAUGUAGUAGAAGGCACACAUGCAUUCAUGAAUGCAAGCUGGCAUUACAAAACUCAGAGUUAAGUUUGAAACUUCAUCUACACUUCAUUAUAUACAGUAAUAAAAAAAUUACAGAUACGCAGUGGCAUCACAUAUCUCGAUACAUGACACUGUAUUUUUUUAAGAACCUCACUACGUGCUCCCCACAAUUACACAAAUAAUUUCAUGUAUAGUUUAUUUAUACUAUUUAUAGUUUUACCGAGACAAGUAACAAAUGAAACAUUUAUAUCAUGGACCAAAGCACCUCAUUUAAGCCUUUUGCUGAGCUCCAAUAAUGUUUUUUUACAAUGUAAACUGUCCUUGUCACUGUCUUAUAGUAAUGGUUAAUAUAAUUAUUAAUAUAAUUACAUAGUUACUGCUGAUCAACCUGACAGAAGUCUUGUGAUACUCAACGGAUUUUGAUUAUUCUGUUACUGUUCACAGGGAGCUGUGGUAGCUCAGAUGGCAAGGGCAUCUCGCACAGACAGUGCAGUGGUGUGCAGUUUCAUUAGUACAUUGCUUCUAUAUCUAAUAGUUGAAAUCAAAUCACUGUCUCAAACCCCUAUAGCCAAAACAUCUGGAAAAAUUUUUUUAAAAGUAUGCAAAUGCUUAAUGAUGAGUUUGUUGGUUAUUUUGUUGUGCCAGAAAUAAGAAAAAAUAAUUUCCACAGACAAAAUUAAAGAGAACUUCUUUGUCUUUAAUAUCCCAGAGUGGUGUGUCGCUAGAGUGUAUUGAAAGUUGAACAACUAUCCAUUUGCUAUCAAUGAAAAGAUCUGGAUAUUACAUUAUUUAUUUAGAUAUUUGCUUUUUGCUGAUGUUUUUUGAGCAGCAUGCAAUUUUGUAAAUAAUGUGAAGAGUGUACAAGAUUUGGACAGAAAUGCUGAGGUGUUUUCUGUGAAAAGAUCGGUUUAGCAAAAGUUGCACAGAUGUUCCGUUAUGUUGAGGUGCAAGAGCAGGUAAUAACCCCCUUCAGAUUUGGAGAAAUGUCUUUUCUUCACUGGCCUGCAUCAAAUGGUAAAAAGCCUUGAUUUAACUGCCUACAAAUAAGAUGUCAAGUUGACAAAACCAUCAACAAAUUAAAUACAGUAGGUAAAUUGAUCAAACAAAACUAAAUCACUGAAUGAAUUAAUAAACAAUGUAAUAAUAAAUGUAUGUAACUGAAUUAACUGGAUUUCCUCUAAACACAUACUGGGCAUACUGUAUUAGUGAUAUCCACCGUAUGACUUCACAUGGGUCAAUAGUUUUGUACUGUAUGUACAGUAGCAGUGUGGUUAGCACUCUAGCCUUGUAAUUAUAAGGCUGUGGGUUCAGAUCCCAAGUGGGUCACCACUGUGGAAGGCACUUAGAUUACUCCAAUGAAAUGCAUUGCUGUAUAUAUGGGCAUAAAUGUAAGUCACUUUGGAUCUACCAAGAUUAAUUAAUAAUAAAAUCUUAAGUGCUUUCAUUCUGUAAAGCG